GUUUCGCCCACCGGCUUGCUGAGGAGAGCUUGGAACCCAGAGGCGGCGAAUCCCGGGACCCGGCGGAGGAAGUUGCACGGCCUCCGAUUGUGAGUUUGGGGUGUCCCCGGCCUGAGCAGCCUCCGCGGACAUGGGCCUCUAGCCGGCCUCGGGAUCCCGCGUCAUUGUCAUGGAGGCGUCUUUGGGGGUUCGGCCCGACGAGCAGCAGCCUCCGUCGCCCCCGGAGGAGCAGUUGCAGACCGAGGGCUCCUGCAGAAAAUACGGGCAGAACUGCAGGCCGACGGGGGUUGAAAAAGAUAUUGAGAAACUAUAUGAAGCAGUGCCACAGCUUGGUAGUGUGUUUAAGAUUGAGGACAAAAUUGGAGAAGGUACUUUCAGCUCUGUUUACUUGGCCACUGCACAGUUAAAAAUGGGACCUGAAGAGAAAAUUGCUCUGAAACACUUAAUUCCUACAAGUCAUCCUCUAAGAAUUGCUGCUGAACUCCAAUGUCUUACUGUGGCUGGGGGGCAAGAUAAUGUCAUGGGAGUUAAGUAUUGCUUUAGAAAAAAUGAUCAUGUGGUUAUUGCAAUGCCAUAUCUGGAACAUGAAUCCUUUUUGGAAAUUUUGAAUUCUCUUUCCUUUCAAGAAGUUCGAGAAUAUAUGUUUAAUCUUUUUAAAGCUUUGAGACGCAUUCAUCAAUUUGGGAUUGUCCAUCGAGAUGUCAAGCCCAGCAACUUCUUAUACAAUAGGCGACUUAAAAAGUAUGCCUUAGUAGACUUUGGCUUGGCCCAAGGAACCCGUGACACAAAGGUAGAUCUACUCAAACUGGUCCAGUCGGAAGCCCAACAGGAAAGUUGUUCACAAAAUAAAGCUCCCAUAGUCAUGGCAAACAAGGUUUCAGUGAGUGUCCCAGCACCAAAAUCAUCCACUCAAACAGCUGUUAAAAGGCCCUACUCACAUGUACAAAUUCAGACUAAACACGGAAAAGAUGGCAAGGAGGGAUCUGUAGGCCUUUCUGUCCAGCGCUCUGUUUUGGGAGAAAGAAAUUUCAAUAUACAAAGCUCCAUUUCACAUGAGAGCCCUGCCGCGAAACUCAUAAAGCAACCUAAACCGGUGGAUAUCACAUCUAGAAAGUUAGCAACAAAAAAGAAGGUUGUUUCUACUAAAACUGUGACCAGUAACGUAACGAGGAAAACUGCCAGCACUUGCCCACCUAACCUGACCUGUGACUGUUACGCAACAGAUCAAGUUUGCAGUGUUUGCCUUUCAAGACGGCAGCAAGUUGCCCCCCGAGCUGGUACACCAGGAUUUAGAGCACCAGAGGUCUUGACCAAGUGUCCCAAUCAAACUACAGCAAUUGACAUGUGGUCUGCAGGUGUCAUAUUCCUCUCUUUGCUUAGUGGACGAUAUCCAUUUUAUAAAGCAAGUGAUGAUUUGACUGCUUUGGCUCAGAUCAUGACGAUUCGUGGCUCCAGGGAAACCAUCCAGGCGGCUAAGACUUUUGGUAAGUCAGUAUUAUGCAGCAAAGAAGUCCCAGCACAGAAUCUCAGAACCCUCUGUGAGAGGCUUCGGGGUUCUCCCAGUUUGGCUGUUGAAAAGCAAGAGGACCAUACUCAUGAAUCAACUCUAUCAUUGAGAACGGACCAGAAACUGAAGCUCCCUCUCCACAUGGAGCAUCCAGGGAACCCAUUUCAUGAAGAUGGCAGGGAGGUCUCAGAAACUCCUAUGAGUGAGCAUAGAGCCAAUUUGAAAGGCUGGAAUCGAGUCCCUGAUGAAGCUUAUGACCUACUUGAUAAACUCUUAGAUCUAAACCCAGCUACGAGAAUAACUGCCCAGGAAGCAUUGGUACACCCAUUCUUCAAAGAUAUGAGAUUGUGAUUACAACACUUCGUUUGGCAUUUAUUUGAUUAUUGUCUAAUGGGAAAUAAGUUUGUUGUAAUUCCUUUAAGUUUUUGAUUAGAUGGUACCCCUGGUAGGUAAUGCGGAGAAAAAAAUUUGGUCUCAUAACAAGUAUAAUGUUUUUCAUAUUGACUUUAUGCCAUUUAUCAGAAAACUGCUAGAACUUAAAUAUCCCUGAAGAGAUUGUGGAUGGUUCCAUGGACUGGUCACAUGACUUGGCUGGUCAGAUCCACUGAGGUGGAAAUAGAAGUGAUUCCUGCCUAACGCCCAGGACCCAAGAAUAUAAGCAGUUAAGUUAGUUGGCUCUCAGGCUAACCUUUCAGUUGAAAGACCAAGAUGAACUUGGCCAGAAGCCUCUUUAUUCUUGGGCACCUUUCAUGGAAAUUAAAAUCACUAAUAAAAGAAAAUUUUAAUUUGGUAAGAUAUUAAUUUUAAAUUGUCAUAAUUUUUCUUCUGUUUUGUAAACACCUGCUUUGUGGAAGUAUUUCAUGCCAAUUGCCAUCUUUUUCUUGAAAAUGUUUUUCCUUACUCCAUGCCCACAAUUACGCAUUCUUUUUGGUGUUUAUAUGGUUAUGAUAUGUUUAUAUCACCAGGAUUUCAGGAUAUGUUAUUCAGUAAUGGAUGGAAAUAGAUGUAGAGUCCAAAUCUGAUGAUAAUAGAUGAAGAAGUUAAGUGAGUUAACUUAAAAUGGCAAAUUAGAGGACCAUGAGACCAUAAUGAAAAUCUUUUGAGUUUCAUAAUUUUUUCUUCUAACGAUAACCAAAACCGUCAGGCCAUCUACAUCUUCAUUAUCCUGCUUUUGGCAACACUGGACAUGUACAUGGGACGGCUCCAGUAGCAUUUGACCUAGGAAGAGGUGUUUGUGAAGAGAAGUGUUGAGGUGGGCAGGUGGAAAGGGCAGAAGGGACACCAAGAUCUGUGCUCCUUCUUUUAUUCACAUUCCAAUGUGGAUGAUUCCAUACCGAGUUAUUGGCUGGGUGGAUGGGGAUGCUACUGGAGGUUAGGAAUCUACAGAAUUUACCCAUUUGGUACUUACCUUAUAUUUGUUUCAUCAUGAGACCUCUACAAGAAAGAAGGGGACCUUCCUAGUCUGAGCCAAGAAAAUGAACGUCUCUAACUCAUGACUUAGCUGAUGUGUCUUGUUCCCAAAUAGAUGACUAAGCUCUAGGGGAUUGUUUACAGAAACCGCCACCUCAGUGAUUUUAGUUUCUUCUCAUGCAGUAAUUCUUUAAAAAAAAUGAAUGUGAAAUUAUAUAUUUGUCUGUCUAUUUAAUAAAGAGUUACUUUUAGUAUUUUCAUAA